AUGACGUUCUCAGACAUCGUGGAGUACCUCGCAAACGUUGGUGACCUCGGUACUAAUGUUUUCAUUCCCAUGUCGGUCACGCAGGACGAGAUGCAUUCAGACCGAAAUAUAAUUCAGUUCUCGCAGACUGACUUGAUCUUGCCAGCACGAGAGAGCUACUUUACAGAGAGAAACUCCGGUAUGAUGAUGCUUUACGAAAGAGCGUAUAUCUUUGUCCUCGUGGUACUGGGUGCAGACACUACCACAGCCUCCCAAGAUGCCAAAGAUGUGGUGGACUUUGAGAUUCAGCUGGCACAUUUUGCUUGGCUUCGCCACAUACAGAGUCAGUUCAAAAAAUUCGGUGUGGACUAUAAUAUUACAAAGGAUGAGAUGGUCGCCAACGACGCCUUAACUUAUUAUACAAACCUUUUCACUUUGGUUAAUCAAACAUCUCAAAGGACGCUGCUGAACUAUGGCAUGUGGCGACACCUGUGGAAUUUCUUAAAAUACCUAGGCCCAACAUUUACCAAGAUUGUGAAGCAAGUCGUAGGAGAGGAUAACGAGGUGUGUGUAGUCAACACUCAAACAAUCUUCCCGUAUGCUGUGGGCAGACUCUACGUGGACAGCAAAUUCUCAUCACAAGAUAAGCUAAGGAUGACACGCAUGAUUGAAAGUCUAAUGAAGACAUUCAAGGAGAUGUUACAAGAAAACAGCUGGAUGACACAAGCUACGAGAGAUGAGGCUCUGAAAAAGUUGAGCUUCUUUACUGUCAAGGUCGGCUAUCCGGAUUUAUCCUUAAUGACACGGCCCUUAAUGAGAAAACUAGCAUGUAUUUCCCAGCGGGAAUAUCUAAUCACCGUUCUACAGCAGUGGAUUUCAGAUGCCCUGCUGUAUGGUGGUAUUGGGACGAUAAUUGGACAUGAGAUCACUCAUGGGUUCGAUAGUCAAGGUAACGUGUGA